AUGGAGGAGAAGUCGUCUGUGGCAAAAUGGGAAGGUAAGGUAUCAACAACUGUAACGAAAGCAAGUGCAAAUGAAAUAUGGUCUUUGUUCAUAGACUUCUUCAACUUCCACAACUGGUUUCCCAACAUGUCUACUUGCUACGGUGUUCAUGGCGUGAAUGGCGAGGUUGGCGGCGUGCGCUACUGUGCUGGUUUCUCUCUCCCAACUGAAGAUGGCAGUGCUGAGCAAAACUGCAGUUGGUCAAAGGAGCGGUUAGUGGCCGUUGAUCGGAACAAGAUGUCAAUGAGCUACGAGAUGGUUGAUUGCAAUGUUGGAUUCAAAUCAUAUCUUUCCACUUUGAAGGUGGUUGGUGGUGGUGAUGAAGGGUGCGUGAUUGAAUGGUUGUUUGCUGUUGAUCCGGUUGAAGGAUUGACAUAUGAUUAUCUUCUUCAGAAGUAUCAAGAUGGACUGGAUCAAACUGCGAAGAAAAUGGAGGAUUCCUUCGUUCAGAAGAAGGCCGUUCAGUAA